CACACUCGUCUCCACCUCCUUCUUGCCUGUCUGAUCGAAAGGGAGAAGAGGGGUUAGAUGAUGAAGAAGUGAAAGAGGGGGGGGGGUCCUAUUUUCUUACGAGCGGAAAAAGCGUCACAGCGGGUGCAGAGCGCAGCACGGAGGACGGAAGAGAGGGAGACGCAUCACGGUGAGGGGGAGAUAGAGAAGACGGUGGGAGGAGGCGACAGCGGGUCGUAAACACGACAGAAAACGGCGAAUAGGACGGCAGAGAGCGGCGAUCACCCCCCACCGCCAACCCUCCUCAUCUCUCCAUCUCCAUCCUUGUCUGCGCCGUUCGGCUCAUCCCUUUGCGCACCGGAGCGGAGCGGUGUUUUCUGUUUUCUCUUUAUUUUAAUCCUCUCUGGACAAAACCUCUGCUCGGUCUGUCAGAGGAUAAACACCAGAGGCAAGAGAGGAGGCUGUGCCAUCACCACCGCCGACAGGAUCCACUGGAGGUGGUGCACGGGACGAUCAUCGGCGCAGGCGAUUCGGUGGAUAAACCCAAAGGAGGGGGUAAACACUACGAGAUGACCAUAGAGUAACCCGGCUGAAGCACACACACACACACACUGAGACAGAGAGAGACCCCGGCCGCCGGCUACUACCGAGACUCCAGCAUCACCAAUGCGAUGGCAUAGCGGUUUCUGCUGCAAGACUACCAGACUAGACUCAGACCAGCAGGGCUCGCAUCCACCAUGAACCUCUGAAAGACAUCCGACACAGGCACAGAUGGGAUGAAAAUGCGGCGGCACAGGGUGUUCUUGCUCUGCACAGUGGGCCUGUGCGUCAUCUCCUUCCUCCACUACUACAAGGCCCUCCACUACGUCUCCCUGCUGCGCGAGCUCUCAGCCCCGUACCCCAACAUCAAGUCCUUCAUCAUGGUCACCGGCUUCUUCUGGAGGGAGAAGGGUGUAGGCACCACCCCGCUCAGCCCCGCCUCUCCUGAAGAGGCCCCUCCCCUACCCGUCCUCCGUCAACCGGACACCAAAGCUAGAGCUGUAGCGGGCGCUGUGGGAGGGGGAGGAGGAGGUGGAGGAGGAGGAGGGAUGGGGCUGGGGAUCGGCGGAGUUAUGGUUGGAGGUGCUGGGAUCGUUGGCAGCGCAGGGCUGGAGAUGAGGUUGAGGGAGGAGCCGGCGCCCCCUCACCCUUGGGAGAAACCAGAGGAGAAUGAGCGGGGAGACACUCCGAAUGAGGAGAGAGCUGAAGACCACUUGAAGCAGCGGAGCCCCAGUCACCCAGCCCAAGAUGCUGGGCCUGACCUCCCAGAGGUCCCAUUUGUGGAUAAAGAGCACCUGGACGCGUUGCUCAAUAAUCAGUUGCCAGACCCCAUAGAAUCCAUGGGAGACCUCCACACCCGCAAAUUCCAGCUUCAGGAUGACAAAACACCUUACUUUGUCCGAACCAAAGCUGGGGCUCUUUGCUUCAGGCAGGGGACAGAGGUGGCUACCCCAAAGGAGUACUCUGGGAAAUCAGGGGGGUCUGUGGCUAAUGGAGCCGGGGAUGGUGCCCGAGCUGCUGGGCAAAGGAAACCUCUGGAGGUCCAGCAGCAGCCCUCCGUAGCUCCAAAAGCCAAGACGAGGGUCAGGGGCAACGGGAAGCGGCUGGUUAAGUGUGUAUGUCGGCCGGGAUGGCACGGACCUUACUGUGGGGUUCCCACCAUGGUGUACCACUCCAAUUUGCCCACCAAGGAGAGGCUGACGCCCAGAGAGACCCCACGGAGGGUCAUCAAUGCCAUCAAUGUUAACCACGAGUUUGACCUGCUGCAUGUGCGCUUUCAUGAGCUCGCACAAGCAGUUGAUGUAUUCCUUAUAUGCGAAUCCAACUUCACUGCCUAUGGAGACAAACGGCCUCUGAGUUUCCUGCGGCUCCUUCUCAAUGGUACGUAUGACUACAUACGUCACAAGAUCCUGUACGUGUUCCUCGACCACUUUCCGGAGGGUGGUCGGCAGGACGGCUGGAUUGCUGAUGACUACUUGCGUACCUACCUGACACGCAACGGCAUGUCCAGGUUGAUUGGCAUAAGACCGGACGAUGUCUUCGUCAUCAACGACGCAGAUGAAAUCCCAGCACACGAGGGUCUGGUUUUCCUAAAGCUGUUUGAUGGCUGGACAGAGCCUUUUGCCAUCCACAUGCGCAAGUCACUGUACGGCUUUUUCUGGAAGCAGUUUGGCUCUUUAGAGGUAAUAUCAGGCUGCACAGUUGAAAUGCUCCGCGAGGUCUACGACGGCGAUGGUAUCAAGCUCCGCCGUCGCGAAUACUACACCAUGCCGGGGUUCCGCAAGUACGAGAACGACACAGGCCACAUCCUGGUGCAGUGGUCAGUGGGCAGCCCCUUCCACUUCGCAGGGUGGCACUGCUCCUGGUGCUUCACGCCCCAGGGGAUCUACUUCAAGCUGGUGUCAGCGCAGAACGGAGACUUCCCGCGGUGGGGCGACUACGAGGACAAGCGUGACCUCAACUACAUCCGCGAUCUGAUCCGGACGGGGGGCUGGUUCGAUGGCUCCCUGCAGGAAUACCCACCUGCGGACCCCAAAGAGCACAUGUACGCACCCAAGUACAUGCUGGAGCACUAUGACAGGUACCGCUACCUCCUGGAGAACCCUUACAGCAAAGUGUCCAGACUGAGUGAGGGCUAGGAGUUCAGCUAGGAACAGAUAGAUGAAAUAACUAGUAGGACCCAAGUGAGGCCUCAGCACUGAGUUUUGGGGGGCGAAACGGUACUGAUGAACUACAUCUCUCAUUGGAGCAAUACUACAUGUAUCUCCACCAGGCAGCACUGAUGUUGCAGGGACUUAAAAUCUCUUAAAAAUAAUUAUUUUGGAGUCAAAAAAGGGAACACUGAAUCGCAUUCAUCAUGGAUUUGCGGAGCGAUCAUCGAGAGGAUACAACCACUGGAUAAACAAAAUCAUAGAUUUCCUCAUUCCUCCCUUUUUGGGGGAGGAGCCAAGCUAUCUCUCUUUUUGUCACCCCACCCCGUCCUCUCUUUCUUCGCCCGAGCCGAUUCCACACGCCUGCUGUCUGAGAGAAAGGGGCCGCUUCGGCAUAAGAAAAAGAGGGAUAUUUCGCAGUCCUUAGAAGCCUGUGGAGAAACUUGGAAGUGAAGAAUUGUUUUUUUUUCUGUCUGUGUUUACUGAAGUUUAUGGACUGGCUGAUGUUCCCACCUCACUCCUCACCUUCAGAUGUCUUCCUGUCAUAUUUGGUGACCUCCUUCCAGAAACAGACACACGUUCAGAUAUUAUUCUUGGGUCUCAGUAGAAAAGUAUGAAUCCUAUUAAACCCCGCUGGAGUACCCACUGCCAAAUGAAAAGGAAUGACUUGAUGGAGAAGCCUCAGCUCAUGUAAUCUCACUCAUCCACACGCACCUUAGACCUGUCUGUGUGUUUGUAAAAAGUGUGUGUGUGUGUGUGUGAGAGUGUGGUCUGUCUUAGUGUCAUAUUGCGAGGUUUUGGGCUGUGAAGGGGGGACAAGAUCAGCAUGAGGAAACAGAAAGCGAGAAAUAAUCACCAGGGGGGCAACAGGGAAGAAAGACAGAAAGCGAGAUGGGAAAACACAGCGAGCAAGACAGAAGGCAGGAAAGAAAGGAGAGUAAUGAGGGAGGAAGAGAGAGCCGAUGAAAAGGAAAAAAAAGGAGGCUCUUUCGACGUUCCCUUUUCCCACAGUGUCUGCUGACGCACGAGCGUUGCAGGGAUGAGUGUGCAGAAUGUGCGCAAAUGUGUGUGUCCCUCAGAGCUCACAGACAGCUCUGAAUAAAUCAUGCCCUGUCGAUGGCAUCCGAGACGGUUGAAACUCGCCGUUAUUGUUUGUCCGAUGAGAACAACCGAGGCCUGUUGGGGAAAAGAUCACCCCUCAGUUUCGUCUUUCUGUCUGUCCAGCAGCCGAGAUGACUUUGUUUCCUUGGAAACUAAAGUAUCUGAAAAAGGAGACGGGAUGGGUGUUGUUAAGAUGAGUGGGUGGGUUCACAUCAGGCGAGGAGCUGCAGCGUUCAAACGAGGUCAGCGCCGACUGCAGGUCCCCUCAGUUAAAUAUUCCUCUUCCUCCUCAGCCAUCAAUCGCCCACUCUCUGAAAAUGACUCUCCCGAGCUCUUUCUGUCUCUCUCCUGUCCUCUUUUCUCUUCUUUACGCCGCUAAGUGUCUUUUUUUUUCCGUCUUUGUUGUUGGUGUCCUUUUAAUCCUCAUUAGCGAGGCACUUUUUUUUUCUCGUCAAUUCAAUUAUUAGUCUCUCAUUCUCUACCCAUUCCCGUCUCUGUCGAAAUGGUGAAAUCUUCAACUCUUCCUCUAACUUUCCCUCACACACAUGCACACACACACGCACACACACAGGCUCUCAUGCUUCAUUUUGGGUGUGUGUCUAUUUUCUCUUAAUCCUCACGAGAAUUUCUUGUUUAAAUAAUAGGGACAUAUCUAUCUUCUCUCCACAUCAUUCCUCUUCCCCUGUCUCUACAGGACAGGACAGGGCAGUCGUUACCAUAGCAAUGCCUUCCCUGUGCCCACAGAUCACUAUCAUCUGAGCAUUAGGCAUGAGAGCUCAUGCCUCUUGCCUUCUCCCCGCCGUAGUCGGCUGUCAGUGUGGCUAGAUGCCGAAAUCCCCACCCCACCUCGGUUUGGCAGAAGUUGGCGAUGUUGCGGACAAUUUGGCGAGCAUAGUUUUCUCUGCGGGUGUCUCAUGUGGGCUGUGGCCAGCGAUGGGUUGGGUUACACUCUUGUCAAGGGCAAGGGAAUCAUAGCAGCAAUAUUAACAAUUCCUGGGAGCAAUUAAGGGAAAGUAGGAAACUAAACAUGCAGCAGACAGACAAGUCAAAAACAGCAAAGGCUUUGAUUUUUCUUUUAAUUUCAGAUUGACAGCAUUCACCAUCUGCUUCUUCAACGCCUGUUUGGGCUUUACAGUUAUUGUUUACACCAGCUUCAGGCAAAACGCUGUUUCAAAGUGAGCAGUGCCUCAAGAGGACUAAAAAGUUUUGGGGAAGGAAACUUGGUAAAAUGCAGAGGGGUGAGGACAGGACUGAGAAUAUUUUAAAACCUGGAGGCAAAAGUUUGAUGUUGCAGCUUUAAUUUCACGUCCAAACAAACACUGACACAUAAGUCUAAAAAAGAAAAUGCCUUGAAUGCUCCUCGCUUAAAGUGUCCUUGAGUAAGACGUUGGACCGUAGCCAUCAGUUAAAACCCCCCAAAUGUGUGAUUAAAGAGUCAGCGACAGAGUAGCUAACAAAGCUGAGAUCUUGCAAACUUGCGUAAGCAAAUCUGAGUAUGACUCGGUCACCGCGCUGGCUCUUCAUGGCUGUGAGCUCAUAGUGGGAAAAGCAGAUUAGCCAACAGGCCGCUGACAGUUGUGUUGGGUCUGUGCUGCAGCCUCGAUGGCAGUGUGGUCUGCGGCAGCAGCUGUUAGGGGUUUGGUGUUGGUGUUGGGAGCCAAACUCCCAUCCAACCCCAGAGGGGCUGCAGAGAAACAAGCUUUAAAUAGGAUUUGACAUUAUAUGACCGAGGAGACAACAACAAUGCUGGGUGUGAUGCGUUAUAUCCCUAAAUUGGAUUUUCUGCCUUUUAAAGAGGUGAUAAUUGAUACUGAUUGACGGAACAAAAAUGGAACAGAUGAUGAAUUUUGAAGGGAAGGGUAGCAAAGGUAACUUGAGUCUUGGGUUGACAAAGUUGAUAUUGUGCUUUCUAGAGAUGUUAAAUCAUGAAUCUAGGCAGUUAUCCAAAGAGGAAUGGUUGUGAAUCACUUUGGAUUUCAUCACUUUGCUUCAGCUGCUUCGUUUUUUUGUGCGAUUCUGUGGCAAGUGGAAUUAAAAACUUUGCAAAACAUCCACUCCUAAAAAUUAACAUUUAGAAACAUACUUUAUAAGCUUUUUGAGCAAAAAUGUCAUCAAUGAAUGCUGGUAUCAAACUGACCAAAGUAUUGAAGGCUAGGUUCACAUUACAGGGCUCAAUGCUCAAUACUGAUUUUUUUUUUUCUCCCUAGAUCCAAUCUUUCUCCUUAGACUGACGUGACACAUAUCUGACAUCAGUGUGAAUGUAUCUCUGCCCUUAAAAGCAGUGCAAGCUUUCAUCUCCCAAAUGAUUUGCUGCAGAGGUUGAAUGACAAUUCAUCAUAUGUUGAGCAUGAAGGUCAGAAAAUGAAGGAACGCAAAAGUUGUAGAAAAUGUUAGCUGCUAUUGCUGGUAGUUCUGUGGAUAGAGAAGUGUGGGUGUAGCCAGGAGAGGAGUCAGGAGUGAUGGGCCUGCAGUGCGGAGGGUUUCAGGGAGGAAUAGUUCCUAUCCAACUUUAGGAUGUCCACUAUCUCUGCCUCACCACAACACUGUCAUGGCAUGUAUGCAAGCUAUUCCCAUCAGAAAGCAUCUGGCAGUCAGGCUCUAGUGGGUGGCGACUGAAGCAGCCUACCACAACAGAGGUACGGCCUCAGCAGCAUUCUGUAGUUUCAAUGAACAGCUGCGACACUACAUGGUGAGUGAUCUGGGCCAGCACAGUGACGUAUGAUGUGGUAAAAACCAUGGAUGUAUGAAAGAAACACACAUGAAUUCCUACAUGACCGUUCUCACAGGGGUCGCAUGUGCAGCGUCUGGAUAAGUACGGCUCUAGGACCACAUAUGAAAGUGGCCUGGAUCUGAGUGGAUGAAGUUGGAUAACUGCGUUCACUCUACUGUAAAAAAAAAACAAAAAACAAAAAAAAACAGACAUGUGACAGCAAAAAAAAUCGUAUUUGAGCCACAUUUGCUUGUAAUGUGAACAUAGCCUAAUUUGAUGUACAAAAAAACAAACAGAUCUUACGUACUUCCCUCUGACUUCAGGGCUGUAAACCAAAACCAUGUGCAGGCUCUCCCUGUUUGUCUGUCUGGUGAAAUAAAAGUUCCUAUUCUCAUUUACACAAUGCCACGUGCAAAAAAAACAAAAAGUUUGUGCUGCAUAGCUCAAAGUCAUCUCAGAAAUGGGGCCACGAGGGUGGCUGUUCAAUCCCAUCAAGGGCCGGGGAGUGUGUUUGUGUUUAAGCUCUGCCAAGAGACAUUUAACCAGAGUUAACUCCCAACUCAGACCUGCCGCAAUCAGGCUGCACAUCUGGUGAACGGUGUGUGUGUGUGCGUGUGUGAGUGUGAGUGUGUGUGUGCACAUAUCAGUAUGUAUGCUAUGCACUUCCAAAAUCAUGUGUGCAUGCAACAGACUGAGUGACUCAUGCCAGAUAAGGGUGUCUGGCCCGCUACAAGCCAGGGUUAAAUCACUCGGCCUGUUGCCCCGUUAUCGUCAUGGCAACACUCCUCUUGAUGAAUUUCUGAGAUCCCUAACAGCCUGAAGUCAUCAACCAAGAUAGCAGACCAGUAGGAUAAGAGGUGAGGGAGAGCAGAGGGAGGAUGAUUGAAGAAAACCACCAAACAGUUUUCUAUUUAAUUCUGCUUACACAACCCGACCUGAGUAAAAAAUGCAAAAACCUCAGUCGCUUUCAGUAGAUGUCACGGCACCGCAGAGCCGAGAAUAGUGACACAGACACAUGCAGUGUGCACCAUUAAACUGCACACACCUCUGUUUUUUUUUCUCGUCGAUUUGACUGACUCACCACAGCAAGCAAACAAUUUGUACGAGAAGCAGAAAAGGUAGACAGAAAAAAUAAAUCUUGAUUCAGGAAUAAAACAUGAAUGGGGAAUAUUUUUCGGACGGAGCGAAAACAAGACAGAAAAGACAGAGUCGUGGUUAAAUCAGAGCCAAGGCUUGAUGAAUGGAGACUCAAAUCCAAAAAGAGACAGUUUGGAAAUAAUCCUGUCACUGCUGUUCCCUGCAACUGUCUCAUUGGAUGUAGCAUGGUAAUGACAUCGGGAGAGGAGGGAGGUAAUAAGCUUGACCGAACGGCUUUGAUUUUUCACUUUGAUGAGGGAAAGUCAUAGCAGCAAUGAAAUGAAAACUGUCUAAAUGAAGGGAGCAGCUCAUCAUCCCUGUAAAAGGAGAUUUGUAGACCAGUGAAAGCUAAAGUGAAAGCAAGGUUGUGAUCUUGAACGAUUGGAGCGGCAUUCGCUGAGCUUGUAGCAGAUUCAAAGUGUUUGAUAUCCGAAGAGGAGGGUUCUUGUCUCUUGUGUCUUGUCUUGCUCAAGGACACUUAAGUAUUGUGGCCACUCAGCAGAUGUUAAAACACUGAAACCUGUGACAUUUACAUUCCUGGACAGUCUGACUAAUCGCUGGCCUGGUGCCUGCUGUCAUUUCUGUCAUGAUCAGUCACAAAAUCAAUAAAGCAAUAACACACAUGGGAAAGGAAAUAGCUGCAGCCUGUAGUCACAAAAUACCUUGGGGAUGUUACAGCUUAUUUACAGCAUGUUCAGCGUUUUUACAGGGGUGUCAGACAUUAUCCAAAGAAACGAGCUUUGACUGUUAAUUUGAUCAGAUUUUCUCGGGCUCUCUACCAACAAAUGUUCUGCAGUAAACAUGGCUGCUUGCUUCGGGUGAUUGGAACACAGGGAAUAAAUUAAGUGUAAAAUGCUAAACUGUAAACGAGACAGACAUUGCAGACAGUUUUGGAGUUGUGUUGCUAGGAAACAGCUCAGCGCCAUCUUUAUGUCUUUUCAGUUAUUAAUAUAAGCUACAGGAAGCAAACUUUGACCCAUUCUGUGGGUUAAUGUCUGAGAAUGGAGUGGUCUAAACUCAGGAUGUGGGUGCUGUCAGAGGGUUUCUAUACAGGUUGUCUGCUACAUUAUUCUUCAGUAUAUCAGAGCUCUGUCAGUAUGUAGUUAACUGCUGGAUAAAAGCCAAUCAGCCAUUUUUUUCCCCCCUGACUUGAGCUUUAAGCAUAUUUUCUUUGCAUGAAUUCAUAAAUUAGCAACUCACUUUAUUCUUACAGAUGCACCUGAAGGCUUAAAGGGACACUCCAGUGAUUCAGUAAGGCACUUGAGGGACUCCAAAGACACAGAUUACAAAAGAAUGAUCAAAAUUGGUGCAGCAGAGGUCAAGAUCUCCUCCAAAAAGCCUUGAUCAAUCAUUUCCCAUCACGCAACUCUUCUUGAUUAACCCUCUCUGCCUGGUAAAUGUUCAUGUCUGUAAGGGGCCGUACACAUGCCACGUCCUUAACUGCAAGGUCAGGUGCUCAGUGAUACUGUUGUGCCUACUGGUGCCAUCUUUCAAGGGCACAGAUGAAGGCAGGUCGCAUCUAAGGUUGCUAAGUGACCAUAACCAGCACUGUAUCACAGUUUACUUACCUGAGUGCAGAGCUGAUUUUCCAGGCGUUGUUUUGUAAGUGUGGAUGAGGCCAAAAAUAUUGUCGGUGGGACAGAUGCAAAGCUCUGGGCCGCCCAGCACUGAAAUGAUCAACUUCUUCCUCAGGAGAAGGGAAAGAUAUCUGCUGUCUGUGAUUGGUUGUUCCUUGUCACAUGACAUGCAGUGCGCACUGCUGCUUUCCAGAAUUUGAACUCUGUUUAUCUCUAGGCACAGCCGUCACGCCCUGAAAAACAGGCGCUUGGGAGCUGUGAUGGCGUCGCUCAGGCUUUUGAGCGCACCUGCCAUGCAUCGUCAUUGAAAACGAUGAAUUUGAGGGCACACAAAAUGCAACAUGUGUACAGCCCCUUAACCUCAAUGCCACGACUUUAUAGCACAGGCUUUUUGUUGUAAAUGUGUUGUUUUAAAGCCCAAGGUGAUAUAACCCCGAUGACAUCAUUAUGACAACAUUGGGCUUAUUUUCUCGAUCUUGACAUGGCUCCUCUCGAGCCACGGGAAACAUUACACGACAGUUGUCACAGGUUGAGUAGUACUAACCACGCCUAGUAAACUGAAGUGCCAACUUUGACCUUACAGAAUAUUGUUUCCAAAAUCACAAACGUCAGUCUAAAACAAUCACCAUCAGCCUUUAAAACCCUGCUAAUGGUCCAACUCUCUUUUCAGCCAACUUCCUAACCAUCAACACAUGUUCAUAGCGUUCAGCACGUGUGUGUAUCCUGUACAGAUGUGAGUCUCCAGGGCUGUGUUGCCCCACCACCUUCACCACCCCCCAUCUGUUGUUUUGCUUGCAGAGUGGCUGCCUGUCUACGGGGCUUACAUGCCUUCACGGCCCUGGCCCCCCGCCAGCCCUGUGGCUUCCACCGAUUGAUCUUUUCCAAGAAACAUUAGCGGCAGGCAGGCCGGAAAUCAAGGAGGAGGGUGCAGGGGUGUGGAGAGUCACUUUACUUGGGUCUCCUUCUGACUUUGUUGUUCAAGUCAUGUCUUUCUUUUUCCUCUCUGUCCGGUGGCUCCUAUAUGGGUCUGGAAUGUGUGGUAACUUUUAGCAAAACACAAAACAAGUGCCAAGUGUGCCAUCUUGGCAAGCCAAAAACUACUUUUCCUGUAGAUUUGACUCCUCGUGUCACAUAUCACAGUCUUCAUCAGUGGAAGGUUGCAGCUGUUAUAUGCUAAACACCCUGAACCCUUCAAAUCAACGAAUUAAGUUCUCAAAAAUGGGAACCAGAAUACGCCUCCUGUCAGGCCACAGCGACAGAAAGGUGCUGCUGUUGUCUUGGCUGCAAACAUGUUGUUAUUCUCUUCAUGUAAGCGACGGAAAGCAUUCGCAUUCCACAAGCUGAGCGAUCGCAUUAACUCCGACAGCUGCAACUUUGUGUCACCACUGAUUGGAAAGUACUCGGUGUUACUAACCACGAGCAUUGCCCAAAACAAGUGCAAGUCUUUUAACUAGCUUUUUUGUGCUUAGUUGGACUCCAGGGCUGGAUUUGUUAGUAUUAGACUGAAACCUAUCAAGGGUAUUAUAGGGGUCAGUUCACCCAAAUAACAAAACACUUCCCUCUAGUGCUGCAGAAUCCAGCUUUUGUUUUCUAUCAUCCCCUUAUACAAUGGAGGAUAACAGCAUUGAAAAAUGUCAUUUAUUGUCUCUGCAGUUUUUCUUGGAACUACUUUCGACCAAAGUAAUACUCCCUAUGAAAACUGAUGACCGCAUAUUCUGUGGAACAGCCAGAGUCACAGACGCUGUUCCUGGAAAGAGAUGAUGCUAUUGAAUUUUUGUAGGUUUGUGAAAACCACAAAAGAUAUUCUAUAAACUUCCUUUGUACUGGGGUGAAGGCAAAUGUCUCAGAACUUUGCCAGAUCCAACCAAAACUAUCUGCAUGACUAGAAUACCACUAGAGGUAGGUGAGGACAUUUGUGUGAACUCAGCCUUUAAAACGUUAAAAAAAGUACCAGUGAAAAAGAGAAAGCCUCAGAAUGUUGGAUUCUUCCCCCAAGAACUAAAACCUUCCUUUUGUUUAUGGGUCCUUUUAAUGAGUAAAUCAAUUGGGCGCGGUCCAGUUCUGUUCAGUGAAGCAGCCAACUCACGUAAAAGUUCCAUGGAAAAUAAUUUGCCCUAUCACACAUUGAAGUGGGCUCCAAUUCAGCAAAGCAAACACACCAAAUUAGGUAGCAGUGUAGAGGUGGUGUUGCAUAUGAAAUAGUGGAAACUAAUGUAAUAUGUAAUGAUGAGCAGGAAACUCCUGUAAACAUGUCACGUUUUGUCUGAUGAACGCGUCUGGUAUCUAUAAUAGCAAAAUAGGAGAGGUGUGAGCGAGUGUUUGUCAGUCAGGGCUCAUAACACAACUAUUUGUGCUCCAGGACAGAUUGUUGGCUUCGGGGGUGGGUGUGGGACCAGUCUGGUCCAGGAGUCCAUAUGUUGUGACACCGCAGAUCAAAAAGAUGAAAGUCAGUGUGGCGCUGCAGAGACAGAUGGACGCAGUGACACAUACUACGUGCGCGAAAAGUCGGGCACGCAGACAGGCCGACACCUGGCUGCAGAUCAGAUGCCAUCAGACACUGGAGGGAAGGGAUGUGUGUUGAAUGUGUGUCUCUAGUUGCGUGCGUGAGACUACACAAUAUGGCCAAAAGUAUGUGGACAACACUCAACAUUAUUUUGUGUAAUUUUGCAUGGUUUAAGGUGCGGCCCGUUUGUUGCAACUGUGAGAAACAUUAAAGUAUUUCUCAGUGACACCAAAUAUAUGUGACUAAACAGUCAGAGUUUAAUAUUACUCUACAGGUACUAUUUAUUAAAAAUUUAAAGGAAUAGUUCAACAUUUUGGGAGAUAGUCCAGAAAGUCACCAGGGCUGGACCUGAAUAUCAACUAUUUGGAUUAGAGUCCGCCCAUGCACACACAUCACACAUUAACAAGGCUAACUGUUAGCAUCACAUGGCUAACUUUAACGAGUUAAACAAUAGAGUCAAGCCAUUUCGAUGUUGGUGUGAGUUUGUUGGAACCGUUAAACAACAGCAAUGUUGUCAGAUGUUAGCCGCUGCUACCUUGUUGGCUCAUGCUAACCGGGCAGAUGUUGAUCUGACCGUUCGACGGGAAGAAAGCGGCUCCUGAGACAGUGUUAUAAAACAUUGUGUUUUAUAAAUGUGAAUCUCAAAUACUAAAUUGGUUGCAGUUACUAUGGUCAGAUUUGGAGUCUAUUGUGAUGACUCCCAUCCCGGCAAAAGCUUCAGAUAUUCGCUGCUGAUUACUACCAAAGCUCCAAAAGAUGCUACAUACUGCUACCAGCCAGGAAAUUGUCUGGUUUAUAGCCCCAAUAAAACAUCCAGAUAUUAUUUUUUACAAUUCAGCAAUCAGUUUUCUUGGCAAAAGGACGAAUUUCCCAAAAUGUCAAACUUUCCCUUUACCACUCAGCACCUUUUUAACUGCUUUAUCAGGACUUUGUGGGCUUGCUUUCAUUAGAAUUGACCGACAAUGAUCAUAACACCCACCAGCUGUCAUCAGAUUCUGAAUCAGAAGCGGCUGAAUCCUGAUUGCUGCUUUUUCCGUCUUUGUAAUUAAGUCACGCCCACUGCAAACCAGCGGAAGAGCAGGGACAAAAAAGGAAAAACAGAAAAUUCAUGUGAAACAGCCAAAACUGCUCCCACUUUGGCAGAAAAUACUGUGUCCACGCAGGAUCCCAUCACUCAUAGUAAGAAGUUGAUUGCGAACAUAUGUUUUCAAGGCCUUUAAUGCCACAGCAUACAGUGAUAUUUUAGACUACUGCCAACUCUGUGGCAAUGGUGGGAAACCUUUUCCUGUGUCAACAUGACAGUGCCCCCAUGGCCUGAGUAUGGUCCAUAAAGAUGUGGUUUUCUUAGUUCGGUGUGGAGGAGCUUGACUGACCUGCAUAGUGCACUGACAUUAACCUCACCCAACACCUUUGAGAUGAAUUAAUUAAUGCUCCUGUGGCUGUGUUGGAGAAAAUCACUGCAGCCAGGUUCCAAAUUCUUGUGGAAAGCCUUCCCAGAAGAGUGAAGCAGUUACAGCAGCAGAUGAAUGUCCAUGGUUUCGGAAUGAGCUGUUCAACAGUCACAUAUGGGUAUCAUUUUCAGGUGUCUACAUACUCUUGUCCAUUUAGUGUGUUUAGUCCUUUUCUGCGUGCAUGUGUGUGGUCUGCUUUGUAACUUGAGCCUACCUGCAAUUCUCAGAAACUUGCCGUCCCCAAGCAGCCCGACCUGAAGUGAGACAGAGGCAGAGAAAGAGAGGGUGACGGGGUUAGAAAAAAGAGGCAAACAAAGGUGAAAGAGGGCGAGAGCGAGCCUCUAGAGGGGUUUGAAUUCCCCGCAAUCAAAAAUGGAGACAGAGAUGGAAAGAGGGAGUGACUGAAUCUUACAAUCACAGACUUCCCACAUUUAUAGCCCCCACCGUUUUUGGGUUUGGUUUGGUUUUGUUUUGCACUUGUGCUUUUGUGUGAAGUCAAUCGAUUCUGUUUUAAUUAUUGUUUUUGGUGGUAGUCUGAGAAAAAGAGAAGACACGAUGAUGACUUUUUUUUUCUUUUUUUUUUUGGCCCUCUGUUUUUCUAUUUAACUUUGUUUUUGUACAUUUUUUUUUGUAACUUCAUCCACUUGGCAGCUUGAUAUUUAAUGUCUUUUUAAGGCGGUGUGUGUAUGUGAAUAAAUGUGUAUGUAUGUGUGUGUGUGUGUGUGUGUGUGUGUGUGUGUGUGUGUGUGUGUGUGUGUGUGCGCGCGCGCGCGAGCUCAUAAGCACUGUCUCAGCCUACUGCCUGAAAAGACUUCCACUCCACCUCACAGAUCUUUUACCUCCUUUGAUGCCGUAAAGGGGACUUCAUACUGUGGCGGCCAUCUUGUUUGCGCUCUGUAACUUUAAUUUUGUUUUGAUGACAUCAUCUUUUCCUUGUGACCUUAACAGCAUCACAUAACCACUUGUUUUGCUUUUUUCUAAAGUUGCUUUUUUGUUUUAAUGUUUGUUUGUUUUUAAUAAGACGAUGUAAUUAAUUUUCUCACCUUCACACAUGCAACUCACAGGGAACAUACACAUCUACAUAUACAUACAUGCACGCAAACACACACAGUACAGUCUUUGUUUUUUUGCCGUGGUCUGAUUGUGGCCGUGUCCUCUGCUGGUACAACAGUCAGACUACUGUAGCCGCUCUGUUUGCGCCCUCGCUGUUAUGUGAUCGCUAUGAAGGCUCGCCAUUGUGUGACCAAAAACCAUUUUUGUCGUCGCUCAGCCACUCAGAACCGGUUUGGGCCAGAGAGACCAGACCUGAGAGGAACCCAGGAUACAGAAAAUAAAUGGCCAUUUUUGCCCACGUCUUUUGUUUACUGUUCUGUGUGUGUCUGACAGCAAAAUGGUGCCGGUUUGAUGCUCUUUUCUGUUGUUUCUUUGUUAUCUUUUAUCACUGAUAUUGUUUUUUUUCCCUCCAAACAAACAAAGAUGUCAAAAAAAAGAAAAAAAAGAAAUUAUGAUUUCUUUUGGAAAAAGCUUUUUAUUUGAGUUGCAUGCUGAUGUGCAGAUAGUACUUCUGCCUGUACUAUGAACUAUGAAUUGCACCUUAUUGGAGAGAUGUGUUUUUGUUUUUGUUUUUAUGAGUACAUAAAUAUAUAUAUGGGGGAUGUAUCUGUUUUUAAUUUUGUUAAAAGAUGUAACUGUUAGCUAGUCAGGCAAUGUAUUGUAUCAUAAACAGGGUUAUGUUUUUUAUUUUUUUACGCCUGUUAAUGCAGGUUCCAUCAUAAAUGAUUCAGUCACUGAUGUUUGCUGUGGGAAGGCUUCAUUAAGCAGCGAAAAUAAGCUGGAGACUGGUGAACAUGCAAAAAGUCCAGCAGACUUCCUACAAUGGAUUGUGAUUCAGAUUUAAAGGUCCAGUGUGUAGGAUUUAGGGGCAUCUAUUGGCAGAAAUUAUGUUUAAUAUUAAUAACUAUGUUUUUGUUAUGUUAUGAUCACCUGAAAAUAACAAUGGUUGUGUUUUUGUUCCCUUAAAAUAAAACAUUUAUAUCUACAUAGAGAUAGUACUUCCAGGAUGUUGCCAUGGUGUGAUCGUUACAGCUAAAGCAAAUUCAGCCCAUCCCAGUAAAAAAAACCCAUCUGACUAUUUAAAACGGAUAAAAUGCCAUUUCGUAGAGCUGUCUCAUUCUCUCUCUGUUUAUCAAACAGAAUGACGGGGACAACUGUUAGCAUCACACAGCUAAUAUUUCCCAAUGGUUUUAACAACAGAGACGAUCUGUUUUGGUGUCCAUUUAACUGCACAGUGUUGGAUGUUAUAGCCGCUGCUGCUGCGUUAGCUCGUGCUAAACGGGCAGAGACAGCAGCAGGAGAGUGCAUCACCGAGAUGGUACUUAAGCGCUGUUUUGAAAUCCUGGAGGGACUCACACAGAGUGGAUCUUUUUCCACGGAGUCCCCCAUGUUGUUCUACAGUAGCCCAGAAUGGACAAAUCCAACUGGCUCUAGAUAGGGCCAUCCACGUUGGCCACCAUACACGCUUGACACCCUGGAUGAGUUUAGUUCUGCAACCUCAAAGCCAUAUCCCACUAAAUCCUCCACACUGGACGUUUAAAAAGAAAAACAUUUUAAAAUCUUUACUUUAUAUAGGCUAACUAGAACUUCUGUGAGAACAGAUUUUAAAAUGAAGUGGACUUUGGGGUUCAAAUUGGGUCACAAAUUACAAUUCAUCCAAAAGCUGCCUGGAAACCAAACACAGUGUUGUUCCAGGAAGUUUGAUGGGGAAGAACAUAGAUGACAAAACCACAAAAACUUCUUUCUCUACAGACUUUAUAGCAGAAACAGGUUUGCUUCGUUGGUUCAGACAAAAACAUCCUGUAAUGAAGACAAGUGUGACUGCCUGGCUAAUUGCUGCUGCUUAGUGGAGCCUUGUCUACAGACACACACAAACACACACACACAGGCUUGUCCUUACAACCACUAGGAGGCAUCCUGCUUGUCCUCUCAUACAUCACACAAACACGACUUAAGCCUUCCGUCCAUCUUGUCCUUGAAAAAAGGACAAAUGACUUACAAAAGACGCCAUGUUGCUUAGACACAUUUUCACACACACACACACACACACACACACACACACAGGCAAACACACACACACUAACAAUAAGGCUUUGGCAGAUGACUGGCACCAGGCAUGAUGCUGCCACCCGGUCUCACAUCCCCAGGGCAGGGUGCUGUCUGCAGCCAAUUAACCAACAGGGCCGGAUGCCAGGUCCAUAUCCAUCUAAUCCUCUCCACCCUCCCGCCACGUUGCCAGAUUUAGCCCUCCACUCUUUACGCAGACUUUGUUGUGUUUAAAAAAAAUAAGGUUUACAAUGUGAGCGGGAUAAUGAAAGUAGGUUAGAUGACUCGGGUGUGUUUUUAUUGGGUAAAAUCCUGUUGAAAACGAGCAGGUUGCAACACUUUGUGCUUUUUUUAGUCGACCUAAAUGAGAUUGGAGAGAUUAGUAGACUGGUUAUGCCUAUUCUGAUCCAUCCUUGUCUACAAAUGGAAAAACACCUAACAUACAAAAAAGCAUCCCUACCUGAGAACAAAAAUGUUCUUAUGUAGCCUGCAAACCACAAACCAGUCGCUCCUUUUCAAGCAUUUGAAAGCUGUCAGAAAAGGGCAACGCAAGGAUUAUUACCUUUGUAUUUUUGACACAGUGGCUACAUAUGAGCGUACGUCAUUACAUAUUGUGACAUGUACCAUAACACAAUCUCUGUCCCCUGCCUCCCUCUGUCCCCCAUGCACUGAUAAUGAUUGUAUAUGGUCGCAUAGUUUUAUUUUUUAUAUCAUUGUUGGGGCUUAAUUUUGUUUCUGGGGUCAUUUAUUAUUUUGUGCUGUUUUGUUUGAGAUAGUUUGAUGAGUCUCUGUAAUUGGUGUGCAGGAGAGUGCGUGUUUGUGCGAGUGAGAGUGUGUGUGUGUGUGUGUGUGUGUGUGUGUGUGUGUGUGUGUGUGUGUACUGUAGCUUACUGAAUGUGUGUACGAGAGGGGACAGAAGAGAAAACGACUGGGUGUGUUGUUUAGUGGCUCGGUGUUCAGCUCCUAAUGCACAUCAGCCCUUUGCCUGUGUUCAUCAUUGUGCCAGUGUGUUCAGGUGUUCCCUUGCCUCUGCAUCCGUUCAUCCAAAUGAAGAGAGAGAGAGAACAGGAGAUGAGGAGGAGGAGGAGGAGGAGGAGGAGGAGGAGGAGGAGGAGGAGGCAGAGGGCCUUUUCCCUCAGGGGGAAAAAAAACACAAAUGAGAAAAGAUACUUUUGAAAAAAGGAUAUUUUUCUCCUCUGCGGGGUCACAAAGAAGAGUGUACAUUUCUAAGUUAAUUGAAAAUGAUGAAUAAAAAAACUCAUUUGUUCUCUAUAUGAAUGGCUGUAUGUUAACCAUGAACAAAAAGUAAUGAGUUCUAUGACAAAGACAUAUAAUAAAUUAAUUUUAAAAUUUUAA